CUAUAGAGAUCGCUAAGACAUGUGACCAAAUGGACGGCAACGUCAUCAGAACGCAAAGAAUUAUGGGAAUGUUUGGCUCGUUUACAUGGGCUAGCAUAACAGACCAGUGUUGUAGCAUGAAAAUAAUUUAAAAAAAAUAGCGUGAUAACAGAAUACAAUCCUACAAAAUGCAGCGGGCUAAAGAAAACAUUGUCGGACCAUACCGCCUUAAACUAAAUCAUAAUGCAAAGACGAGGUAUGACGAAAAAAUAAAGGGAAUCAAAGGACUGGAUCCUUAUGAGCAUAGCGACUGGUCAGGGAACGUCAACCUGCUGCCCAACUUCCAGCACCCAUAUAUAUACAACUACAUGAUAUUAAGUGUUAGUGCGUACACGCACGAAGUUUUCAGUAACUUCAAGUCGCUGCAGCAGGCCCAGGUCUUUUUUACAGAUGGGUGGGUCCAGGACCUGGAGAUGGUAAAAGUGGGGCAGAAAACUGUCGUCCGUUCAAAGGUGAAUCACUCCAUGCGACUCAGCCAGAAGCCCCUACAGCCAUGGGUCAUACUUACAGCAUGUGGGGAAGUGGAGAGCGCUCACUGCACUUGUAUGGCUGGUGUGGCAGAGAAGUGCGCACAUGUGGCAGCCCUCCUGUACAAGAUCGAUACAACUAUGCGUCUGCGGGGAAAUGUGACUCCAACAGAUGUUGAAGCGUACUGGGUGAUGCCCUCCAAUAUAACCAAAGUGCAGGGAGUGCCUGGCCAUACUAUUGACUUUACAACAAGCUCUGCCCGAAAAAAGGCACUUGAUCGGUCAGUGUGUGGAGACACCAGCACAGCACCCAAGAUCCGGACCCGCUCAGGUGGCACAUGUUUACCGCAGAAGACACUUGCUGAUUUAAAACUCCUCACAGAACUCAUGCAUGCACACAGGUCUGGACUGUGCUCUGUAAUGGAGGAAUUCUGCCACCUCUAUGUUGACCCCAUUCAGCCAUGUGUCCUGCCCAAGUCACUGCUGCGUCUUCGCGACCCACAAAUGGAUGGCUGUGACUUGUCGGUCCUGCUUCAACACUGUGAGGGCCUGACACACCUUGUGGCAGUGACAGCCACAGAGGCAGCUGCACUGGAAAAGAACACAAGACAGCAGCACAAGUCUGACAUAUGGCACAGCACACGGGCUGGAAGGAUAACCGCCUCCAUCAUACACGCUGUUGUCUCCACCUCCAUAACCAGACCAGCAAAGUCAACUGUGCAAAAGGUGUGCUAUCCACAGAAACCUUCACUGAGACAGACUGACAAUGGCCCAGAGGCCAUUAAAUGGGGGAGAGAAAAAGAGGCUACGGCAAGGGUCUCCUACAUCACACAGACGGAGCUGCGGCACAGGGACAUGAAAGUGGAAGACUGUGGAUUUAUAAUCAACCCUUCUUUCCCUGAAAACUCCUGA